CACAGCCUCGCCAUGGCCCGGGUAGGCGCUUGCGGCAAGUGUCGCGUUGCGUCGUUCUCCACUGCUGUCGGUGGUGGCGGCAGCCUUGGGCGCGCCAGGGGCCCAAGGGAGGUACCUGGAGCCAGGAAAUCCGGGAAAGCUCGAGACUCGCUACGUGGCCGAAGGCGGCCAAGCCGCGCAUUGGCGCGGCGACGACUUUUUCACCCAGACGCUGCCACUGCGCCCGCGCCGCCCGUGUUGCAGCCCGCAUGCCACCUCCAGAAAUGACCGGAAUCUUGCGGCCCACUGAGGCUGUGCGCUGAGGGUCUGCAGACUGCGGGAGCCGUGCAUAGUGAUCUUCGAUUUUCACAAGAGCCCUGCAAGACCUCACUCGAGCCGACCCCGCGCCCAGAGCUCUUGUUCGCUCUUGUCGCCUCUCAACCCCUAGGACAAUGCUUGGCCCGGAGUAGGCUCUCAACAAACUGGAUGCAUGAAUGCAUGAACGAACCUCCACUAUUCCAGAAGUUGAGGAUCCCAAGCUGAGAGAGGAGGUGGAGGUCAGCGCCAUGGCCGCUCCAGAGGAUUCAAAUGAGACUUCCUAUCUGCUCCCUCCAAACAGUAAGGACUGGGAAGAGCAAGGCAUUCCUGACUUUGUCUACGGGCAGAAGGAACUUGUGCUGGAAGGGAUUCAGUGGCCUAGGACUGCCCCCGGCCUCCUGGACACGCCGCCGCGGUCUCGCUUCGACUCUGCUCUCUGCUCCGCCUGGAGGCAGCGCAUGGACCUGGGGCUCUUCCGCUACCGCCUGGGGGAGCUGCAGACCCAGACCCUCCCUGGUGCUGUGGGUUUGGUGGCUCAGCUGAAUGUGGAGCGAGGCGUGCAGAGGAGGCGCCCCCAGAACAUCCGGAGCGUGAAGCAGGCAUUUGACCCUGGACAGUUUAACUUCAACAAGGUCCGGCCAGGAGAAGUGCUCUUCCGUUUGCUCCGGGAGCCCGAUCGCCCGGGUGCUCUCCGGCAAGAGGACAUCCUCGUCAUGAUCAAUGUCAGCCCCCUGGAGCGGGGCCACGUGCUGCUGGUGCCCGAGCCCACCCGCGGGCUCCCCCAGCGCCUGCUGCCAGGCGCGCUGCGGGCCGGCGUCGAGGCCGUGCUGCUGAGCUCACACCCGGGCUUCCGCGUCGGCUUCAAUAGCCUGGGGGGCUCGGCCUCGGUGAACCACCUGCACCUGCACGGCUACUACCUGGCUCGCAGACUGCCCGUGGAGGGGGCGCCGAGCGAGCCCCUGGACCCUGGCGGCCGUCUGCAUCUGCUCCGGGCCCUCCCAGCUCCCGGCUUCCUCUUCUACACGGGCGGGCCGGGGCCCGACCUGGAAGCCCUGAUAGGCAGGGUGUGUCGGGCCACUGACUACCUGACCGACCAUGAGAUUGCCCAUAAUUUAUUUGUGACCCGGGGGGCCCCACCUGGAAAGACAUCACCUUCCUCCGCUCUCACAGGCGUCCGCGUAAUUCUGUGGGCCCGGAAGUCCAGCUUUGGGGUAAAGGAAGGCGAGGCGUUCAAUGUCGCCCUCUGUGAGCUGGCCGGGCACCUCCCUGUCAAAACGUCCCGGGAUUUCGGCAGUCUGACAGAGGCGGCCGCUCUGGCCCUCAUUCAAGACUGUCUGCUGCCCUCGGCCCAGGCGGAAGAGGUGCAGGCAGCCCUGGUGGCCGUGAUAGCCCAGGACGAGCAGUGAUCCUUCUAGAAGUAUUUAUUUUCUACCUGGUCUAAGUCCCUUUCCACGUGGUCGUUUGGGCUUCCAUGACUGCCACCUUACCCGUCUCAGCCCAAGGGGAGGGAUAAAGAACUGACAAGUGAUCUCUAAAGAGAAGAAACCUUAGAAUAAAUCGAAUGAAUGAGCCGUCA